AAAAUAAACAAAACAUAUAAAAGACGGAGAUAAAUCAUUAAGCAUUAACAGUUCGUUAUUGUUUAUUAUACUAAGCAAAUCUAAAGCAAAAUGAAAUUCGUUUAUUUAUUGGCAAUUUGCGUUUUGUACAUGUCAGUCAUGGCAUCUGCUCAGAAAAAGUUUAACUUGCCUCCUCCAGAACCCAAAAACUUGCCCCAACUAAGCGGUGGUGGUGGCGGUUCCCGUAAACAAGGUUUUGAUGUUAGUUUAGAUGCUCGUCAAAAGGUUUGGGAAAGUCAAAAUAAACGUCAUUCUGUUGAUGCCUCUGUCGGCUAUUCUCAACAUUUAGGCGGACAAUAUGGCAGUAGUCGUCCAUCUUAUCGUGGUGGUGUGGGUUAUACUUAUAAAUUUGGCAAAUAGAAAAUUUAUAAAUUUUUUAUUAAGUAUUAAGACUGUUAAGGCCUCCAUUAAUUAUUAAAAUAAAAAUUAUUUAUUGAAAAUUGUUCCUUAUCACUAAAGCAA